AUGUCGGAAUAUCACCGGCUACUGGCGGUGUUUGUACUGCUUUGUUGCCUGGCAUUGUCUGUGCUGGCGCAAGAAUGCAGCAAGGACAAGCCCUGUGCAACUGGAUGUUGUUCGAAGGAUGGCUUCUGUGGAACGACGCCAGACCACUGUGGGGAAGGAUGUGUUGCGAACUGCGACUUCAAGCUGGCCUGCGAUGCGAAUAACCCUUGUGAGAUUGGAUGCUGUUCUAAGUUCGGGUUCUGUGGCCUGGGACCUGAAUUCUGUGCGAAGGAUAUCUGUGUCUCUGGAUGUGGCAGGAAAGGUGAAUGUGAUCACGGUUGGGGAUUAAAGUGGUCGGAGAAGUCACGGUGCCCGCUGAAUGUGUGUUGUUCGGACUUUGGCUUCUGUGGCACCACCAAAGAAUUCUGCGGCAAUACCACAGUUAAACACGAGACAUGUUCCAAGGACCGCUACCUCACACGCGUCGUGGGCUACUUUGAAGGCUGGGCCAGUCGGCGCCCCUGUAAUGAUUUCUGGCCCGAGCAGAUCCCUCUCGGUGUUUAUAGCCACAUUAACUUUGCCUUUGCCACGAUUAAGCCGGAUACCUAUGAGGUCCUCCCAUCGGACAAUCGGGAUGUGAAACUCUAUGAGCGGUUGGUGGCCUUAAAAAAGUAUGAUAAGGAUAUGAAGAUAUUUAUUGCUUUGGGAGGUUGGACGUUUAAUGAUCCAGGACCGACAGCGACUAUUUUCUCCGAUCUAGCAGCCUCAGAAGAGAAGCAGAAGAAGUUCUUUAAAUCAUUGGUUUCCUUCAUGUCAACAUAUGGCUUUGACGGCGUGGAUCUAGACUGGGAAUAUCCCGAGGAUAUUGAUCGGAACGGACGGCCCCAGGACUAUAAGAACUUCCCUAAGUUUAUGGCCAACCUUAAGAAGACUCUAAAUCAGACUCCUGGUCGCAAUGAGCUUUCUAUUACACUUCCCGCCUCUUACUGGUAUUUGCAACAUUUUGACCUUAAGGCCCUGUCCAAACAUAUCACGUUCUUCAAUAUCAUGUCCUAUGACAUGCAUGGAACAUGGGAUCAGGGAAAUAAGUGGACUGGUUCAUACUUAAACGCGCACACUAAUCUUACCGAGAUCAAAAACUCUUUAGAUCUACUGUGGCGAAAUGAUGUCGACGGCGGACAAGUGGUCAUGGGCCUUGCGUUCUACGGCCGGGCCUACACUGUCAAGGGCUGCAUGGAUCCCGGAUGUGUGUACGCUUCCGGAGGAACUGCCGGGGUUUGUAGUCACGAAGCCGGAGUCCUCCUUAACAACGAAAUCGUUGAGAUUAUUCGGGAGAAAGAUCUAAAGCCAAAGCUUUAUAAGGAUGCCGCAGUCAAGGUGGUUCACUGGGAUGACCAAUGGGUGUCCUAUGACGAUCGAGAGACCCUAGGCAUAAAAGCUGAGUUUGCUCGCACCCAGUGUCUCAGCGGAGUGAUGGUGUGGGCCAUCAGCCACGACACCGAUACUGCAGACUUUUCGCACGAUCUGGCUAAGGUAACCAACCGCCAGGUGACGCUGCAGCGUCAGGAGAAGGACGAAGAAGAUUAUAUUACGGAGAAAAUGACUAUCAACCAAUGCUAUUGGAGCAACUGUGGCGCGCCCUGUCCUGCGAACUGGAAGAUGAUCAAGCGCAUCGACAAGUGGAGCCGCAAGGAUGAGUACAUGAUGGAUAGCACUGCCUGCCAUGGCGCAGGAACUCGCUCUUUCUGCUGUCCGCCCGAGAGCAUCCCUGAAUGUGGCUGGUACUCACAUAACAAUGGUAACUGUAAAAGCGGUUGCCCUAGUGGCAUGAUUGAGAUCGGCUCGACUCAAGCCGGAUGCAAGCACGAAGAGCACCAGACAGCCUGCUGCACGGUUAAGGAUAGUUCUAGCAAGGCACUUGCCAGCAUGAACCUGUAUGAUACGUGCGAGUGGGCUUCGUACCCUCAAUGCGAUAAAGGCGUGUGCAGUGGUUCCAAAAGCACUGUGCUGGGAGCCUCGGGAACGGGUAGUGGAGAUGUAUAUUGCUACCCUGGUGACUUCAUGGGCCCUGAAUGGCCCAGACGACAUCUGACUGAGCGCAAGUACUGCUGUAACACGGAGGACAAGACAAGCAGGUUUGAGAACUGUGAGUGGUUCAAAGGCUGGGGACUGGUAUCUGGGGGUCAGCGAUGUGCCUCAGGUUGCCCUCCGGGUAAGAUGCGCGUGGCCAUGGACAGUUAUAAUUGGGGCUGCUACAAAAGUGGUGCCCGGGCGUACUGCUGUGACCCUGUAUCAUAUACCGAGGUUAAAACCCCAUCAGAACACCUACAGGCUUUCUCCAAGGCGAUUAAUAAUUGGCUGUCGACCCCAUCGUGUACAGAAGAACCCACGCUCGAGGGCUCACUCGAGAAGCGGGCAGCAGGCUGCAAGACUAAGCACUACAAGGCGUAUGCCGAUGCAUGGGAUGUUGUGAAGAAAUAUUUCCCGCAUCUCGGUGCGGACGACCUGUUGCCCUGGAUUCACUCGAAUAAAACCUAUCCAGAAUAUAAAUCCAAUGGCCCGAGGAAAACUGCCAAAUACAUCGUUGAGUUCCCAGCCAUGUGGAAUGAAAUGGUAGGUGAAACUGACAGAACUAUCUGGUGUCUAGAAGAUCUCUGUGACCAGGGAGAGUUCUGUAAUAGCGACGCUGAAGAGCACGAUCCCGCCUUGACCCAGCGCGAGGUCCAAUGGAACGAGCAGCGAGAUGUCCUCGUUCGUCUUGAGAAGCGCGCCAAAGCGAAAAAGCUGACAUUCGAAUGUAAGGAUAAAGAUGGUACGGUACAUAAGGUCACAUACACCCGCUCGGCAUACCCUGGGGGUAGUGAAUGGGCCCUGACGACCGCCGCGGCUAGGCAGGCUGUUGAUCUUGACCAAAGAGAGAUGUGUGUAAACACGCGUGUUCGCGAGAGACCGUUACGAGAAGGCGAGAAUGUUCCUCACAAUGUACAGUUGAACACGGAACAUGUUAUCGAAAUCAAGUUAAUUAAUGAAUUCCUGGAAUGGGCGCAGAAUGACCCCAAAUGCGAUGUGGAUUGUGACCUCAUUGUUAACUUCCUUAAUAAGGAGGUGAUCAUAAACGCGCCUUCUGUGCCGGGAGGAACGAAUCCCAAGAUGCCGCUGAACCGCAUUAUGGAAGAGCUUGGUAGCAUGAACAACAGAGAUGUCUUCCGCCUUUUAAGGGAGAGUGUUAACAGGGUGAAAGGUGAUCUCUGGGGCCUUAAAAACCCCCCCGGCCCAGACUCGAAGUAUCAUGACUCCUGGGAUAACAUGAUAUCGAGAGGAGAUUACCGCAGUACAUUACAGAUGUUGCGAAAUACUAUCGCGGUGUUCCGCUACCAGAACAAUCCCGCUGUCCGAAGACGCUUCCAGAUGGUCUUUAAUGGCAUUACAACUGAGCUCCGCCGGACUUCCGAAGCGUAUAAGGCAGCUACCGGAAAGGACGUUAAUUUGGAGGAUUGCUGGCGUAGGUUCUUUCAGGAACGCAUUGAUCAGACUGUGAGAAAUGCCCGGGAUUUCGUGAGAGCGGGUAUUCAUGAGAUGAGGCAGAGGUGGCUUCCGUCGAGGAAUCCUAAUGAUGAGAACUGGGUGAAUCUCUGUGUCCAGCUGAUCGAGCUUUUGAAUUCGUUGCAGAUGGAUUCGCUUAGGUAUAUCUUUAUGGAGGGGUUUAAGUAG